CGCGGACUGAGUCCUUCUCAGUGCUGGAGCGGUCCUGCAAGAGCUCGUUAACGGGCCACGCUUAAUCCAUUUAUAUUUGUACAUUUUUGGGAGAUUUGAUAUCAUCUCAUUAGUCACAAUGCUGAGCACGGUCAGCCGGCAACUCAGAAGCCACCCUGCCUUGAUCCCACUAUUUUUUUUCAUUGGCGGUGGAUGCACCAUGUCUCUGACAUAUCUGGCUCGCCUGGCCUUGCGUAACCCAGAUGUAUGCUGGGACAGGAAGAACAACCCAGAGCCCUGGAAUAAACUGGGGCCCACUGAUCAGUACAAGUUCUAUGCAGUGAGCAUGGACUACAGCAAGCUGAAGAAGGACCGUCCUGACUUCUAAAUAAAUCCAGGGAAUCCAGACCACCAGUGCUGGACCAAAGGUUUAAAAACAAACUAAGAUCAACAAGACGUCCGCGCACUUGUCCUCAAGAGCCUUUGUUCCCAAUUUAUGCAAAUGGUACUUGUCUUUACUUUUCUGGAUUCCUUUUUAACAUCUAUGAUGUCUUGUAUUUUCUCUCAAUUCUUUGUAGUCAGAAACGAUUAAUAAAUGGUUUUCUCCCACAUACAGUGAAAAA